AUUACAACAGGAGCAAUUUGGGUCAAUAUCUUGUUUAAUUUUGCUCGUGCAGUGUUUAGGCGGAUAAGACCAGAGCUAUGCAGUAAUUUAAUGUCCCAGUGGUGCUCCCGUCAAAGCCCUCCGUAUUACUUCCGCCUGAUGCGGUCCGUCACCGACUUGUUUCCCCCGUUAAUGCGGAACUGCAACUACGAGAGUGAAAACAACAACAGCCGAUGCACUCAGCGGAGGCUCGUCUGCUGAGCAAACUGUCGUCCAGUCGUGGAGACUUUCAUUUGGGGGGCGGAAAGGGACGACAACCACCUGCUGCCGUGUUUGCUGUUUCUUUAGCAUCGGCUGCGUCGCCAUGCUGAGCGUGGACUCGCUGCCCGUUGCAGAGGAAGAGGUGGUCGAGUCCACUUCCAACAAAUGGGAAGACAUUUAUACUUUCUUGGCAGAAGGCUGCUUUCCUCCCACCAUGGGCCCAGUGAGGAAGAAAAAUCUCAAACGGUAUGCCCAGAAGUUUAUCCUAGAAGAUGGACGCUUAUAUUAUAUUGGACAAAAGAAAGAAGAAAAGCGAGAGGUUGUCAUUGAUCCUGAAAGGAAAAGGCAGAUUUUCCUUGAAUGCCAUUUCAAUGAUAUUGGGCACCAUUUAGGACAAAAGAAAACCGUCCAUAGGAUUCAAAGCAAAUACUACUGGCUGGGAAUAGUCCGGGACGUGGUGGACUGGAUUAAAGUAUGUGAAACGUGCCAGAAUGCAGAACACAAUAAAAGCUUGUCCAGAAAGCUCAGGCCUAUUAAAGUGGAGGCUCCUUGGGAAAUCCUGAUCAUUGACCUGAUGGGACCUUUUCCAGAAACAAGCAAAGAGAACACCUUUUUGCUUUUAUUAACUGAUUACUUCAGCAAAUGGGUGGAAGCGAUCCCCCUGCCAAAGAAGGAGCCAUUGUCUGUUGCGAGGUGCCUCUCGUCUGCAUUUUAUAGGUUUGGGGCAGCCAAAACUGUCUUCUGUUGCCAAAGCAGGGAGUUUUGUGAAGAGGUAACUAAGCACCUGAUCGAGAGGUGGAAUUUCAUCCUCAAGAUCUCUCCGAUCGAGCAGCCUCAGCAGAGCUCUUUGUACGACCGGGGCACCGAUAUGUUAAAGGAAGCUCUCCGUCAAGUCGUGACCGAGAAGCAGGCCGACUGGGAUGACCACAUAGACCCCGUACUCUUUGUGUUCCGGACUUCUGUGAAUGCCACCACCAAAUUUACGCCUUUCUUCCUGAUGUUCAACAGAGAAGCAAGCUAUCCGGCUGAGAUUGAAUUUGACUCUGGAAAAGAAGAGCAGGUCCAAGAUAUGCCUGUGUGCUCCGUCAAGCAAGACAUCGCCAUUGAGUUUGCCGCUGCUAUUCAAGAACAGCAGAAUGCGGUGAAGCAAAUGGUCAUUGCCAACAUGAAUGCAGCAUACAAGGAGGAAAAGAAGAGCAGCAAAAGAAGAGCCAGAAGUCUGCCGUCUUUAACGUUUAAAGUGGAUCACUCCUUGCUGGGAGUGAGUGACUCUGCACAGCUCAAAAAACUAAAGAAGAAUCACUACAUUUCAAUUCCAGUGGAGUCCGUCUCCGUCUUGGCACCUGACCAGUGUGGCUCCGAUGGAAAAUGAAGAACUGUCAGGUUUUGGUGUUCUUCUAGCUUUAUAUUGUGGAGCACAGGGGCUCCCUUGUGCCAACUGGAAGGGCAUUCACAGCACAGUAACCUGGCAGCAGCCAGUUAAUUUUUUAUUUUUUGCAAGUCGAUUCAAGUAAGAGUUUAAAGGAGAAAGCCAAAGCGAAGAAGAGCACCCAGUCAGUCGUUAACAUUUACAGCAGAGCCUCAUACCUUUGAUAACCCUCAAACUUCACUGGGGUUAUGAGGUGAAAAAGGGGCAAGGAAAGUCUAAUUUGAAGGCUCACAGUGUUCAAGUAAAAAGACGAUUACAGAUUGCCUAACGAAGUGUUCUUUCACCCCUGCUGAGAUUGUUAGGUUUGUGCUGUAGAAUGGCAGCAGGGAAAUACUGAAGCUGCCGGUGGGGUCGGAUCCCAGGAGGAUGAAGUCGCUCUCGUGUCUGGUUUACCAUUGCUGAGAAAGUACUAGAAAAUAAACUUCACAGUGACGAUAUGUGAUGAUGAUAACAAGCAUGAACCUCCCUAUGGACUUGUGAAGAAAUGGUCUUAAAAUUCGGAUAGACUGGGUAUCAACCAUUCGAGCAGCUUGGAUGUAGAGUUAAUCUCUUGCUAUUUUUUUUAAGUCAGUCUUAAAUACUUAACAUUUAAGUAGCAUGUACAGUUUACGUGUGACCAGAGUAAUCGGUUGUAGUAUGUGCUGACUCUCAGAGUUCUCAUACUGCUUCUAAAGGUUGCUGGUCAAAAUAAUAAUAAUUGUAGUCAACACUGAGGGCCAAUCUAAUUGUCUCUGCUCAUGAAGGCCCCAACCAGCUACCCAUCCUCCCUUAAAUGAAGGCACUGGCGAUGGAGGAGCCUCUCAUUGGGUGGCACACUCUCUGUUUUAGCAUCGGCUGUGUUUGCCAAUCUCAUUUCAGUCUCAUCAGCCCCGUGCUGUGAACCUGGGAUCUUUAGAUUACAGCACAGACUUCUUUACCACUUCAACCAGGGUGCUCUCCUCUAGCACAGAUGCAGGGACGUUGGCUGUGUAAUCCUGUAGCUUGAGUUCCAGCCUAGCUGCUGCCAUCUCAGGGAGGAAGAUCAGCAGGUAAAAGGGGCAAUGGGGCAAGCGAAAUAUGAGAGGGGAAGAACAGUUGAGGCGCAGCGUACAACUAAAUAAGAGAGCAGUGAGCGGAUGUGGAUUGUCAGACUUGAUUCAUGUGGUCAGGAGCGGGCGGUCACAGCGCAAGUGAACUUCUCAAAACACUGUUUCUUGCAUUAAACUAUCCUGCACGUUCUAAUCAAUAUUGUUCCAUCAUAAGAAUGCAUGCAGUUGUAAAAGCAGGAGAAGGGUAGCAUGUGUGUGAGUUUGUGAUGUGGUGGUGGUGCCAUUUGUUUUAUUUAUUUACUGCUCUGUUAUUACAGGCAGUGCGUUGUUCAUGCAUAGCGAGUCAGAAUGGCGGCUGCUUGAUCGUGAUUACUGGUUGGAGUGCUGUGUUUCGUUUUUCUCCUUGUAGAUUCUGCCGUUUUAAGAAUCCACUUAGGCUGUGUGUCCAAUUCACAUGUCUCUUGGAGAAGGAAAUUAGAAUGCAGUUGAGAGGGACGGAAACUUUGCAGAAAUAGGGUGGAAUUUUGUUGUGAGCAGCCAGGAGUGGGAUUGAAAUCUCGGUGCCAUGCAGGCCUCGGCUCCACUUUUAGACACGUGUUGGGCUGCCGGAGCUCUCCCACCACUGCCAUCAUGUGAAGGAGAUGUGGCUGAGAAAGGGGCCGCCGUCCUGAGCAGAGACGCUGAUGUGUGUCGUAACCUAUUUUACCUGUACAGGACAGUGUCGUGAAAUGAGCAGGAUAUUGAUUUUAUUGUGAACUCUAAUUGAAAACCAUGUUUGCUAUAUGAUGAGUUGCACAAGUGUGCUUAUUAAUGUUGAUUAAAAAUAUUUUUUCUAAACUU